AUGUUUUGUGAGGAUGUUUGUUUGGGUGCCACGAAGGGGAUAGAUAAAUUGAGAGCAAUUAGUGAUGAGCUCAGUGAGAAAGUGGUGGAGCAGUUAAGCGGAAACCAGGAACUGGUGAUGAUUACUGACUUGGAGCGCGAAUCAAAUGACUAUCUAUAUAAGAGAUGUGUGAAAGAUCGAAUAUCCGAUAUAGCGUCGUGGCAUUGGGUACUAGAAGAUCUAUCAAAACGUUUGCAAGAAGCGAUUGACGCUUUAAAAUAUGAACAUAACGCACUGAGGGUUGUUGUAGAUCGAGUGCAAACCGAAAUUAAAGAAAACUCAAACGAUGGAUCACAAAGAGGAGCGCUGUGUCCUUUGACUGAUGAUGUUGAAGAGUCAAUAAUAAAAGAAUAUGAAUUUCUCCGCGAUCAGAAAAAAUAUUUUGAAAAUCUUAUUGAAGAGUUGUACAAAAAGACAUCUGGGAUCGAACGUAUAAAGACAAUUAUAGAUAGAGACGUUAGCAAUAAAAAACAGGCGUUGAGAAUAGAAGAAUCUAGUCUUAAUAAUCAUUUUACUGAAGAUACACCUACUCAUAACCAAAAUAAGAAAAGAGGAUCACCAAUAAAACAAUGGGAAAAAAGAUGUUCGCGUCUGAAAAGGUCAGGAUUGAAAGCGCUUUGCAAUGCUGUAGUUACUAGAAAACAGGUUCGGGCAGCCAGAAUGAAAUUGUCUAUAUCAGCUCAAGCGUUUUCUUUAAAAGUCGACGCCAUUCUGAGAAGAAGGCUGCACACUAAUAAAAUUAAACUUCAAGACCUCAAUUGGCAGCGAGAAGAGGCUGCAAGAGAUUACGAUUCACUGCAAGAAGAACUCACAUGCACAGAAAUGGCGGUCAUAGAAACUAUGAAUCAGAAAAAAUUGGUUGAAUCAAGAUUAGCUAAUCGCUCACACAGACCAACCGGAGAAUUGACAAAGGACGACGUCAACAGAACAUUGAGAGAGGAACAAGUUAAAUUAAAAAGGACUCUAAAAGAUUUGAGGAACAAUAUAAAUAGAAUUAUUACACUACAGAACAAAUUAAGUAAAGCUGUCACCAAUAUAGAUUGUUGUGCCAAUGAUUUGAUACACGUGAUAAGUUUGGAUGAAGAAAGGAUUCGCAGUCGCCAAGGAGAGCCUAAACAGUCUGAAUCUAUUACAACCACAAGCAACACUCAUUCAUCAGAUGUCUCCAAACCAAGAGAAUCCUCAGGGCAAUUGGCUGUCAUUCAAGAAGAAGAUGAAAAUGAUUAUCCCUUUGAUUUCUGA